ACUUCUACUUCAUUUUCCUCAAGUAAACUUUUAAGUGACGUAAGCUCAGGAUUUAGCGAUACUACAAAUGAGAUCUGGCAAAGAUUUUGGCUGUCUUCUGAAAAUGCCUUUAAUAGUAAUGAUGAUAUUUGUGGAGGUGCUUCUUAUGACGAACCUUCCCUUUGGAACCAAGCAGUUAUUGGUCGUGCUAGUGUUUUAUUACAAGAUAAUUCCAAAAUUGGAUCAAUUAUAAAUAAUAUAAAUGAUUAUCAGAACAGUCAAUUGAAAGUAUUUUCAGCUUCAACUGCAAAAAAUACCGAUAUUUAUACUGACGAUAAUGCUCAAAUAGCUUGGGUCUUCAUUGAUGCUUAUCAACAAACUCAAAAUCAACAAUACCUCGAAGCUGCUAAAUAUAUCAUGAAUUUCCUUCAAAAUCAAACCAUUAAUGGUGGUGUGAUCUGGCAAUACCAAGCUGAUUAUAUUGCAUCUAUUUCUACGGUGGAAGCUGCAUUAGCUGCGGUAAGAUUACAUGAAAUAACAAAUGACGAUUCAUUAAUUGAAUAUGCACAAAAAAAUAUGGAUUUCAUGUUCCAAUAUUUACAAGACCCAAGUGAUAAAUUAUUUUAUGAUGGUUUAAGUCAAUCUGAUUAUAGUGAUGUUAAUAAGGGGAAAUUAUCUUAUACCGUUGGAUGUGCUUUAAGUACUUUAGCAUAUUUAUAUAAAGACACUGGUAAUAGUUAUUAUAAGAAUCAAGCAACCGAAUUAGCAGAUGCUGCAACCAAUAAAAAUGGUGCAUUUUAUGAUGGUAAUGGUCUUUGGAAUAAUCAAUUACAAUAUGAACAUUUGCUUUUCAUGGGAUUCAGUGAUAUAAUAAACCUGGAUUCAGAUUUUGAAUCAUAUACUUCCGAAGUUCUAAGACAGGCUAAUUAUAUUUAUAAUUAUUUACAAGAUCCAAAUGAUUUAAAUAUGUAUUUUGGACUGAUUGAUUCAAGUACUCAAUCAAUGUUUUCAAGAUAUAGUAAAGCAUAUACUGGGGGUGGUGAUAGUUUUAGUGGUGACAAUAAUUAUUGUCCUGGAUCAAGUACUAAAAUUAAAAAGUCCUUCAUGGAUAAUGCUUCAAUUGCUCAAAUACUAUAC